AUGAAACAGACUGCAAAUAAGUUAAAUGAACCUGCAGAAACGUUACACAAUAAUACAGUGCAGAAAUUACCGAGACAUUUGGAGCAGGGUACAGAGAGAAACGUACUUACACACUGCUUGAGCAGAUUGGAGUAUGACCAGAUCGUUGAUGAUAUGCUUGACCAGGGGAGAACUACUGAGGACGAUGAUAUGAUUGCCACAAGGAGAAUAUUGAGGCCACCAAAGAAAGGCUCAGCUGCAGAGAUUGUUGGGAAGCGAGAUAGGUACCGUGUUGAUGGCUCGAAGAUAAUGAAGAUCUACCUAGAUCCUAAGGAGCGGAAUAACACAGAAUACAAGUUGGAAACCUUUGCUGGUGUUUACAGAAAAUUUUGUGGGAAGAAUGAGGUUUUUGAGUACCCUUUGUCAGAGGCUAGUUAA